AUUAUUUGAGAAAGUUUUCUUUUGUAUUUUUAAGCUCAUUGUCAGUGUUGUUUUUUUAAACACAUAUAAUACUUGUAAUUCCACAUUUCUGGUCCUUAUGGAGAUUUGUAAACUCUCAGCAUUAAUGCUCACCAUACUUGCUCUUGCCUGCAGUGUUGAAGGAUUGUCUUUCACUCUAAACAGAGACCACUGGAUUUCAGAUAACUGGAAGGAUGAACCAGUGGAGGAGACACUAGCCAGUCUACUAAAGAGAUCCAAAUCUCAUCCGUUUUAUGGGUUAAUGGGAAAACGCUCCGGUAAGACUUCAGAUUUGCUUUUGUUGGCUCUGGGAUGAAAUGUUUUACUCAAAUUAUACUAACAAUUUGAAAUAAAUAUUGUAUUGUAAUUAUUACAACAGAAUACAGUGGAGUCUAAUUUAAAAGGAUUUUUUAACAGCUUUAGCAU